AUGUUUACUGAUACCUCAGUUAACUUCUCCAUAGAGAGUACGAGUAACGAACGGGAUAAUUGGUUGCGAGGCCGUUCAAUUCACCCAUUUUGCUCGAAAGUAAAACAGGAUCCCUUACAAACAGAAUGCACCGACGAUCGCAAUUCAGUGGCAUUGUGCAAUUUAAUACGACACGAUUACGAGUUGCCAAAGAAAUAUCAGAAUUUCGAUAGCAUAAAUCAUGUGAAGAGCGGCGAAGAAGGCUACUACGGCGGUUCGGUAUCACUGGCCGAUCAUUGUCCCUAUAUACAAGAAUUUACAUGGCGCAGCAAAAACGUAAUUGUACGCGGUUCGCAUUGCCGCUUUGUCGAGAAUAAUCCAAAGCCUGAAAAGAACUUUGCGCUGGAGAGCUACGGCAUUGGUUCAAAGUGUUUUGAUCACAGUGACUUUAUGUGGGAAGAGCGCUCGUGUCAUCAGACUCGCGAAUGGCAACACUGGGGCUCAGGUUGCUACAAAUACGAAUGCUCCGACGGGCGUUUGCAUAUUUUAGUGGCGAAUUACACAUACACUUGCUUCUAUCCCGGUCAGACGCUUUCAAUACGCAUCAAUGCGAACGAUUGGCUGCAUCGUGGCGCGAUCAUUUGUCCACCAUGUCAUGAGCUUUGUGGUGAAGUAUUCGCUGAAAGAGGGGAGGAGUGUCGUAUGCGCGAGGAAGCGCCACCGGCUAAUAAGUAUCCGCGUGAUACAUUGACGUGUGCGGCGUGUGCAAGUGCGGCUUUCUGCCGAAUAUUAUUGUUUGUUGCCAUAAUUGCUGCAUUUAGUUGGCGUCGUACACAUGUUUUUAUAGGCUAAUAUUUUUUUUUUUGGGUUAAAACAUUAUUUCACACAUUUUUUUGUUUUGUUCUUCUGUGGUUAUACCAUAUAAUAUAUUAUAUGUAACGAUAUGUCCUUAUUGCAUAAACUAUAAUGUAUAUAGUAACUAUAUAAUUCAACUAAAAUUAAGUAAAUGUGUUAUAAGAUGAUUGUAAGCAUGUUAAAGCGUAUUCAUAAGCUAAAAUUUUUACAUUAGUUUCUUGUUAUUAAGUAUACUUAUGUAAUGUGAAAUACUGGUAGUUCAUACGCCAAGUAUGUCAACUGGCAGUAGUUGAACAAAUUAGAUAAUUUUUUCGAAAUUAUGUAACAAAAAUUAAUAUAAUGCAUUUUAAAAAAAGCUAAAGACUGAGCUCACCAUAUUGGGUACUCAAACAUAAUUAUUGCCACUAAUUGGCAUGCAGUAAUAUGCAACGGAUUAACUCUUAAUUAAUUUGGAACUAGAGCGAAUCGGAUUUAGUUAUUGCUUCGAUUAAGUGAUUAUCGAUUUUCAGAAAUCUAAUAAUUUAAAUGCUAUUAUUGAAUUUAUUUUUUGUGAUAAAUUCUGUGCCGACGUGGCAUUAGAAAAGGGGUUUACACAUCCCGAGAUAUCGAGAUGAGAAUUAUAACUAUCAUUUAAUGCUAUAUGUUUAUACCUAACUACUUUAAGUUUGCAUAAUAUAUAGAGUAUAUAUAAGCGACGAGAAGUGUAGCCAUAAACAUGCUUGGUUAUUGGUAUAUUAUAUUUUCUUAUAUUAAUAGCUUGUACCAACAAUUACUUAGCAUUUAAUCUUUGUCGGCACAGAGUUAUCUGCGUUUGUGUAUUAAUUAAAAAUGCACAAAAUCACUAAAGUUUGUGCAAGAGCUUGUGAAAUGGGCGCUUAAUAUUAUAAUGUUGUUAUUAAAAAAGCAAUUAAGCAAUAUUUAUUGUCAAUGUUAUGUACAACAGAAGAAGAGUUUAGACAAUAAUUGCUUUUAUGAAAUUAUUUCUAUAAGUUUAGGAAUAUCUAAGGAUUUUUCAUACAAUUUCGCCUACAUUCGUAGUGUCCCAAGUAAAUCUACUGUUUCUUUGAUUGGACUGCUUGGAGCGAAAUCUCAUAUGGGUUUCCUUUGUUCCGUGCUCCGUAUUUGUAAAGUCUUUAUAGUUAGUUACUUACUCCUAUGGAUAUCAUGUGGCUGAGAGUCCUCAAAAUAAAAAAAUACAAAAGUACAGCCGAGUUGACAGUCUAUCAUCUAAAAAAAGUUCGUUACUGCUGCAACUACGUAUUGUAAGUACAAAAGAUAUGGGAAACCCUUUGUGGUUAUAUAUCGAUCUGAAAUAUAGCAAACAUCUUUCACAGAAGGCGUUUAUUUGCCGGAACCGCCUAUAUUGGACCGUCAUAUAAAUUAAUUGAUCAAAAUAAAGUUCUUGUAUGAAAGAAAUUGUUUAGUUGCCGAAAUCGCCUGAAUCGGACCAAUUUAGCAAAUACCUUUCAUACAAAUAGACCGAUAAAAAAAUCGUUGUAGGAAAAACUUUUUAUUUGAAAAUAUUUCCUUACGAAAUUUCGCAUAGAAGGAAAUUCUACAUUCUACGAAGAAAUUAUUCAGAUCGUACCACUAUAGGAUAAGCUGCCAUAGAAACUGAUCGAUGGUACUCAAGUCUUUUACGGAUAAACAUUUUUUACAUUUUUCUAUUAUUUUCCAAGGCACCUCUACAAUUUCGGAACAAAUUUUUCAAAAGGGUAUUAUGGCUUCGUCGCAGUCAAAUUUAACGUUUUCUCUUGUUUAAAUUGCAAUCCUCGCACGGUUUUUGCAUAAUUACAUAUAAUCUCAUUAUUUGAUAAUAAAUUCUUAAGACAUUAAUAACAACCCUGGAAUUCCAAAGCAACUAUGAAAGUCCAUAUAUUACCAUAUAUUGUUUAAUUGCUUUUUUAUUUCACAUAUGUAUAUAUUCGAGUAAAAUGAAAACGAUUAAAUACAAUAACUUUUCUGCCAACAAGCACUUUGACGAACUACUAUACUCACGUAUAAAAUAUAUUUAUAUACAUACAUACAUAUAUGUAUAUAUACCACGGCAUUACUCAUAGUUACUCUACAUACAUACUAUAAUUCAAAAUGUGAUUUAUUAUUAUACAUAUAUAAAUUUUUAGACGAAACAUUACUUUAAAGGCUUGUUGAAAUUGAAUACCAUACAUUCCCGUUAUAUUAUGUUCCCCACAAGGACUUGGCCUACAUAUGUCUCUGUGUAAAAUAAGACUACUGUUUUGAGGCAACUAUAUAUGAACAUACAUACCUACAUUUGUGGUAUGCAAACCUUAUAUGCUCAGUAUAAUUGUAUGCAUAUGUAAUGCAUUUUAAACGCCUAAUUAUAGGCUCAAUACUUUAGUGUAAUAAAAUAUAUAAUUCGAUGUCCGAAUGUGUGCAUAAACAUAUAAAUAACAUGAAUAAAUAGACAUAUUUUAGCGAUACAAAUUAAGGGUGCCACAUACAGGUUUUAAAGUUAUCAUUAACUAUAUUUAAGCGAUCACGAAUUUUAAUGAAAUACAUACAUAUAAAUA